AACUCUCUCUCGCGACAGUCUAGAACCUACCUCCGAACGAAACGAACACGAGCGUUCUUCGACACUCACCGAAACUGUACGGUUUUGGACUACAUGAUACUACACAAAUAUUAAAAAGGAUGAGACAUUGCGGUAAUUUGAUUUUGUCGACCUGCGUUCUGCUCCUCGCGUGCAGCACUGUGCAUGCUGCUGCGCCGACGGUACAUAUACGAAAUGGCACGUUAGCAGGUCUAGUGAUGCAAACCAGACGAGGAAAAGACUUCGUCGGAUUCCGAGGAAUCCCCUACGCCACACCGCCUCUCGGUGAGCUCAGAUUUCAGCCGCCGAAGCCUGCGACUGCUUGGGAUGGUGUACGACUCGCUCAGGACGAUGCCGCGAUAUGCACGCAGCGGAACGCCUAUACGCAACAAAAGGACAUCGUGGGUGUCGAGGAUUGCCUUUACCUGAACGUCUACACGCCGAAAGUGCCAUCCGACGAGGAAGCGGCGAUGUUCCGGCGCUUCCCGGUCAUGAUUUGGUUCCAUGGUGGUGGAUGGAUCACCGGUGCCGGACAUUCUGCGUUCUAUGGCCCCAAGUUUCUGCUGGACCACGAUGUCAUCUUGGUUACUGCAAACUUUCGACUUGGCCCACUGGGUUUCCUGAGCACCGAAGACAUGGAAUGCCCAGGUAAUAUAGGCAUGAAGGAUCAAGCGCAAGUUAUUCGAUGGGUGCACGAAAACAUUGCCUCCUUUGGCGGUGAUCCGAACAGAGUGACCAUCUUCGGUGAAAGUGCAGGCGGUGCGAGUGUGCAUUAUCAUAUGAUGAGUCCUCUCUCGCAAGGUCUUUUCCAUCGCGCAAUUUCUCAGAGUGGCACAAGUCAUUGCCCGUGGACUUUAACAAAGCCAGGAUUUGCUAAAGAAAAGGCUAAAGUCCUGGGUGAACGAUUGAACUGCCCUACCGGUAGCUCCAAGGAGCUAAUCGCCUGUCUGCGUACAAAGAGCGCUACCGACAUUACUGGCAUCGACAAGGUCUUCAUGGUCUUUGGUUACUGUCCGAUGAUACCUUUUAAACCAGUAAUCGAACCCAAUCAUCCAGGUGCCUUUUUGACGGAGGAUCCUGUAAUUUCCACAAAAUACGGACGCAUCGCUGAUAUACCUUGGAUGACGGGAAUUACGUCGGAAGAAGGAUCAUUGAAAGCACCAAGUAUCUACGGGUCUGAUACAAAUGAAUCCGUAAAAAGGCUGAAUGAUGACUUCAAGAAUUUAUUCCCAAUCAGUUUGAUGUACAGCGAAACGUGUUCUAAACCUAUACAGGACGAGAUAACCAGCAAGAUUCGUGAAUUUUACUUCGGCGAUCGUGCCAUCGACGAAACCACCAGAUUCAAAGUUAUCGACAUGUAUGGCGACGCGUGGUUUAAUCAUGGUGCUUACACAUCCAUACGAGAUUAUCUCAAAACUCAAUCCUCGCCUGUCUAUCUUUACUACUUUGCGUACAGAGGAAGUGUGUCCUUCAGCAGGAUAUUUGGCGAUUCUACCAAAGACUACGGAGUUUCGCAUGCAGACGAUUUGCAAUAUCUGUUUCCCGUAGGUGAACAAUUAUUCCAAGACACGCCGUUAUCUACGGACGACCAGCGCAUGAUUGAUGUCAUGACUAGCCUCUGGUUCAAUUUUGCAAAUUCCGCGAAUCCUACGCCGAAGAUUACGAAGGCGGUCCCUGUGAAAUGGAAGCCAGUGAAAACACCGAGCGCUCACGAGUACUUGCAUAUAGGAAAAUCAAAGAUUGCCAUGGAGAGAGACCUCCUCCCGACGAGAAUGAAAUUUUGGGAUAGCUUGCCAGUGCGAGCGGAUCUCGGGAUCGAAAUGAAAGAAAAAGUUAAGGACGAGUUGUAGUUUGCCAUCACAUGUAUGUCAUAUAUACGUAGUCAAAUGUAUGGGACGUACGGAACACAAUGUUUAUUUUAACUAGUUCAUUCUAAAAUAAAUCUGUAUUUUCUUCCUAUGUUUGUUAGAAAAAAAGAUAUUGUUCUAAUGCUUAAUGCUUCACUAUUCGAUACUACUAAUACAUAAUUUUAAUAUUCUACUUGAAAUAGCUGACCAUUUGCUACUUUUAUACUUUUAAACAAAAAUCGAUUUAAAAUAAUCGAUCGACAUUUUUAGUAAUGAUAUAUAUACAUGUGUAAUGUAUAUAAAUAGUUUGAUAAGUAUCAAUAUGCACAUACAGACAAGUAAUACAUGCUAAUAAAUCUUUUAUACAAACGCUA